AGUCGCCUGUGAGCAAUCAAACAGAGGGAGGAACCGCCUAGUGCUGUAAAAAGUCCCUACCCCUCUAUAGGUCAAAGUCUGUACGAAACUGACGGAAGACCACAGUUAAGUGUCAACUUCACGCGAUUUCACUUCAACGGGAGGAAAAAGAAGUUGAUUUUUCUUCAAGCCGGUAUGACUCCAUUGCUGAAAGGUUGCCUGUUUAUUCUACUAGCGUCAUUUCUAACGCUUGUUUUUGUGAGCGCAGAAGGAAAUGUGUUCCACAGACAGAAGAGAGAGUGGAUCAUCGCUCCCAGAAAGCUGAAAGAAAACCAUGAUUACACUGGAAUGGCGAGCAUUGCGAGAAUCCGCUCUGAUAAGGAGAAUUAUACAAAAAUAUUCUACUCUCUCACGGGACCUGGUGUUAACCAGGCUCCUGUGGGUGUAUUUCAAAUUAACGAAAACACUGGUUAUGUGAAAAUCACAGCCAUCCUGGACAGAGAGGAGAUCCCUUUCUACCAUUUGAAGGGUCUGGCAAGAUAUACCGAUGGGACCUUGGCUGAGAAAGACCUAGAUCUCAAAAUUACUGUUCUGGAUGUGAAUGAUUGCAUCCCGAUCAUUACAGCAGAGCAAGUUGGAUCUGUCAAUGAAUCAAGUGCAGCAGGUACCGUUGUGAUGAAAGUGAUAGCUACUGAUGCUGAUGAAGAGAACACACUCCGCUCAAUGCUCAGCUACAGCAUUGUGGAACACAGCAGUACGGCUGGGAUGUUUUAUAUGAACUCUAGGACUGGAGAGGUCAUGGUUCAACGGAACAGUCUGGAUAGGGAGAGACAAGAUACAUACAAGUUGACUAUAAGAGCAUCAGACUUGAAUGGACAAGCAGGAGGAAACACAGGAACUGGAGAAAUCCAGAUUAAAAUUUUGGACAUUAAUGACAAUGUCCCUACCUUGGAAAAGGAAUCGUAUGAAGGGAGUGUGCAGGAGAACACCAUCAAUGUGGAAGUGAUGAGGAUUAAAGCCCUGGACAAGGAUCUGAUGUACUCUGCCAACUGGCUGGCUGUUUUUGAAAUAAUCUCAGGGAAUGAGGGAGGCUAUUUCAGUAUCAGUACUGAUUCGAUGACUAAUGAGGGAAUCAUCAUGAUCAACAAGGCUUUAGACUACGAGGAGCUCAAAGUGCUGAACUUGGAGGUGUCAGUUUCCAACAAAGCAGCGUACAAUUUUGGCAGUGGUUCCUCGGCAGGAGGGUCCUGGACUUCAAAAUCCUACCCUAUUACAAUCAAUGUGGUCAAUCAAAAGGAAGGCCCCCGUUUCCAACCAAGUGUCAAAGUGGUGACAAUCUCAGAGGACCACACUUCCAUCUCCUUCAGCAAAAUCAUCACUAACUACGCUGCUAUUGACAGCGACACACUACAAAUAGCCACCAACGUAAGAUAUGCCAAGCUCCGGGAUGAUGACAACUGGCUGAAUAUUGACGUAAGGACAGCUGAUAUAAGGCUUAACAAAAUUCCCGACAGAGAGUCAAAGUUCUUGAUCAAUGGAACAUAUUACGCCAAAAUUAUAUGCAUCACAAAUGAGACUCCCUCAAAAACAGCCACAGGGACCAUAGCCAUUCAGGUGGAGGACUUUAAUGAUCACUGUCCAAAACUGACAGCUACAACUCAUACCAUGUGCAUUGAGGAUCAAGUCAUCUUUGUCGCAGCUGUAGAUGCCGAUGAGUUCCCCAAUUCAGCACCAUUUGACUUCACUGUGAUUCAUAAGAGCAGCAAGGGACAUUGGAAAGUGGAGCCUCUUAAUGAAACUGUGGCUAUUUUCCGUGACGAAGCCAACUUGUGGCCUGGGAUUUACAAAAUUGCAGUGGAGAUCAAGGACCAGCAGGGAAAGUCAUGUGCUGAUUUGCAAGUCAUGGAUGUAACUGUGUGCACUUGCGCUGAGAACACAAAAACUUGUGUGGCACGCAGGAUAACCACUUCUAGUUUUGGAGCUUCAGGUAUCCUGCUUCUGCUCCUGGGACUGCUGCUCCUACUGUUGGUUCCCCUUCUGCUGCUGUUCUGCCUGUGUGGAGGUGCAGCAGGUGCUGGAGAUUUCAAGGCAAUUCCUUUUGAUACAAAACAACAGUUGAUCUCAUAUCACACAGAGGGACAAGGAGAGGACAAGGAAGUUCCUCUCCUUACUCCCCUUGUGGAGGUUGAUGGUAAUAAAAUUCAAACCGGGAACAUCAAUGUUACCGGAAAAAAAGGGUACCUAGGUGGACUGUUAGAAACAGGUGGAGCACAAGGUGGAGCACAAGGUGGAGGAGCAGCCAUUGGUGGCUCCAUUAUGACAACUGAGGACAUACAAAGGUACAGCCGAUACAACCAGGGCCAUGAGCAUAUGGAGAUGGACUACAUGAACUCUGGGAUGAUGACGGGACAAGAACAUCUGUACUCCCGAUACAGAGCUGGGGCCUUCGAUGGGAUGGCUCUUUCUGAACUGUUCCUUGGAGAAUAUUAUUCAAGUAAAUCCGACCAUGCUGCACAACAGUCCCAGGAGAAGGAUGCUCUGCUGGUCUAUGACUAUGAGGGUCGGGAGUCCCUGGCAGGUUCUGUGGGCUGUUGCAGUCUUCUGGAGAAGGACGAUGACCUCGCGUUUCUUGAUGAUCUAGGCCCUAAAUUCAAAACGCUGGCUGACAUUUGCCGGCGUUCAACCUUAGUGACCGAGACUGUGGAUGCAAACAUUUCUGUCUCUCCCUUCAGACCAGUGUCUCCCAUCAGGCCCUCCACUCACACACACACUCACACCCACACAGGAUCAAUCAGAGACAGGGAUCACUUCAACAUCAACACACUCAACACCUCCAACGUAGCUUCUGGAUCCUCAACUUUUGUCCAGGAGGAGCGAAUCACUGAAAAUUCAUCCAUGCUUCCAAAGGUGCAUUUCCAGGACCAGUAUGUGUAUCCCAGUCAGACACUGCUCAUUCAGCAGCCCACUAUGUAUAUGACCGCCGCACCCAUGUAUGUAGUUGAUCCCAAGCCACAGAUGGUGCUGGUGUCCGGCACCCAGCAGGCUGUGGGUCAAAUGGGCUCAGUUGGGCUUGGUCAGGGGUUGGUGCAGGUUGGUGGCAUCCAGGGUCCUCAGGGUGUAGUCCUUGUAGAUAGGCAGGUGGGAAUGGGAGGGGCCACAGGCCAUGUGGCAACAGGUCUUUCACAUGGGACCACAUCCAGAAAGGUGCUGGUGGUGGAGAAUGGAUCUUCAGGUGGAGAGCAAGUUGCACACUUAGCACAGGGCUUUGUUCAGACAGGACAUGGGGCUGCAGAGCAGGGUGUGGAGGUCAGAGGUCAAGGUAUGCAGGUUAAAAGUUUUUCAAUGAGUUCACGUAGUUCUGCAGGAUCUCAUGAAGACAUACUCAUGACAGCAGCACCAAAGGUGCAAGGGAGCCAGAGAGUAGUUGUGCAACAUAAGAAGGUGUCAGUAACUGAGAGAAACAGUGAAUCCAGUACAAGAGCAUAAAUAAGUGUACACUUAGUGUAUCCAGCAAUUUUGUACUUAUUUGGAUACAUAGGUUUGAUGUAGUGUCUUUGAGUACACUAAAAUGACCAUAUGCAGACUUUAAAAUGUUCCUAAAGAUGGAAAGAUGUUAAUAAAUCAUAGUUAAGCCGAUAAAAGUAAAGUUUACUUAUAAAAAUAGAAUGCUGUACUAGCCUACUGCUUUUUUUGUAAUUACACAUAUGCUGUAUAGGUGAAUAGGCAAUGCUUCUUACUAAAAAAAAAAGUGCCCUUGUGUAUUUGAAAGUUCAAGAUAAAGUGUAGAAUUGGAAGAAAGAAACCAAUUUUAGGAGGCAUUGCUUGUAGUUGUUGCCAAAAGAAAGCCUCUGCGAUUUCUAAAUUAUGAUAUACCUCUUCCCAUGGUUCCAUAACACUAUGUGUUUGUCACAAAUUACAUCCAUCAAAGCACUCUAUGUAUUUCAGGUACAAAUUAGCAUUAGGAUUAUGGAUGGGAACAGGUCUCAUCAGAUCUGUAAGAACCUUGCCAAUUCUGGCUCCAAAUUUACCAGUCUGGAGAAGGAAGGGUGUGACAAGAGUGGUCCGGAAUGACUUUAAACCACUGUAGGCUUACAUUUUAACAGAUCAGUGCUCUUAUUGAAUCCUAACAGUUAUUCUCUUUGUCAAAUAAAACCUUAUUUACUGCUCUUGUGGUUCUAAUCUCAGUGAUUUUCCUAGGGUCUGGUUAAAAUAUAAGUCUGUAAUUAUACUGUGGGUGGUUAGUUUUGAGAAACCCACAGUUAUUUUACAAGUGACUCCAGCAGAACAAAGCCUCUCUAGUCUGUCGCCUACUUCUAUCCAUAAUACUAGAAUCAGUGCUCCAAGUACUCUGUCGUUGUUUUUUAGUGUAUUAGAAUUAAAUAGAUAUCUGGAUUGCAUCUUAAUAUUUUUUUUUAGCUUAAGCUGUGCUGCCCUGCUGAAUUUUGGAUUUUUGAACUUAGUUGAACUGUAACUAACAAGGAACUGUUUUAUGGGUGGCCACUGCUUCCUUGGAAACUGCUUUGAACGUAGAUAAAUGCUGUUUGACUGUUGAACCUAUGAAAGGGCCCUUUACAGAAGAACCAAAGCCAAAGUCUCAACAGAUUUAUUGCACCGAGACUGGGUUAGACUGUUUUUUUUUGUCUGUAGUUAACAAAGAGAUACUGACUGUAAACCAAAGAAGAGAAGACUCGACAAACUCUCUGCUAUAUUGUUGCACUCUUUUACUAUUUUUACCCGAUGUGUGUUUUUUCGGAAUUUGUACUUUUAUAAAAAUCUAAGUGUUAAUUCCAAAUGAUUUAGUGCCAAAGAUGUGAAUGUUGGUAAAAUAUAAAAUGAUAUCCCUAUUUUGUAAGAAUGUAAAUAGUAUUAAUUACCAGAUAGACUUUAAUUGUGUGUUUUGUGUGCAGGUGCAUGUGUAUGUGAUUGUAGUAUGUUGGGAGGCAGAGUAAUCAAGGAUGAGCUUUGCAAGCACUAAAAACAUUUAAGUGUCACUAACUGUUAGUGCUGAUCUGGCUAUUGGUAUGUCAGUAUUUUGAUCUUUUAUUGCUGAUUUUCAGUAAGAACAUAGCAUGCGACUGCAUUACAGCAGCAGUAUUAUGUAUGGAAAUGCUUUUUUUUUCUUUACAUUUUGCCCUUGAUGACAUAAUAAAAUAAAAUAUGAGAAAACUGA